AUGGCGUCCUCCUUCCCAACCAACCAAGCCAUCGUCGUGGGCGGCGGGUUGGGAGGCAUGUCUGCGGCAAAUUCGGUGGUGGAGAAUGGCGGCAGGGUGGUGCUUCUUGACAAGUCCUCCUUCUGCGGCGGAAACAGCACAAAGGCCACCUCCGGCAUCAACGGGGCAGGCACAAAGACCCAGAAGGCCAAGGGCAUCCCCGACAACGCGGACAUUUUCACGCAGGAUACGCUGAAGGGUGGUGCGAAGAAGCCAGAACUGGCCAAGCUCUUGUGCGUGAACAGCGCCGCUGACGUGGACUGGCUGGUGGAGAAGUUCAACUUGGAUCUGUCUCUGGUGGCACGCUUGGGUGGCCACUCGCAGCCCCGCACCCACAGAGGUAAGGAGCGAUUCCCUGGCAUGACCAUCACCUACGCCCUGAUCCAGAUGUUGGAGAAGGUGGCGGAGAAGACAGACCUGGCGCGCAUCAUCACCAAGGCCAAGGUCUUCAAGCUGAUCCAGGAGGGCAAGGUCUGCGUGGGCUGCGUCUACGAGAAGGGCGGCCAGAACUUCCAGGAGUUCGGGCCCGUGAUCCUGGCCUCCGGCGGCUUCGGCGCCGACUUCACCAGCAACUCCCUGUUGGCGCAGUACCGGCCGGACCUGCUGCACUUGCCCACCACCAACGGUGAGCACUGCACCGGCGACGGCAUCAAGAUGGGCGAGGCCAUUGGUGCGAAGAGCAUCGACUUGGAGUGGGUCCAGGUGCACCCCACCGGCCUUGUCAAGCCGGACGAUGCGGAUGCCAAGAUCAAGUUCCUGGCGGCCGAGGCUCUUCGUGGAGUGGGCGGCAUCAUCCUCAACGCGGACGGCAAGCGCUUUUGCAACGAGCUCGGCCGUCGCGACUAUGUCACAGGGGAGAUGUGGAAGAGCAAGCCCCCUUUCAGGCUGUGCCUGAACAAGGCAUCAUCCGACGAGAUCAUUUGGCACUGCAAGCACUACACUGGGCGUGGUGUGAUGAAGUCCUAUUCCAGCGGUGAGGAUCUCGCCAAAGACAUGGGCGUGGCUCUCUCGGUGAUCGAGCAGACGCACGAGGAGCACUACGCGGCAGCGAAGAAGACGGAGACGCAGCCGGAUGCAGGCCCCUGGCCUGCCUACCCGUCUGGUAAGUCCUGGGAUGAGGCCAGCGGAAAGACUGGCAGUGGCAAGAAGUUCUACCACAACAUCAUCCCUGGCUCAGCUGUGAAGAGCGAGCCUUUCUAUGUGGCCAUCAUUACGCCCGUGAUUCACUACUGCAUGGGCGGUCUGCUCAUCGACACGGACUCUGCGUGCGUUGGCCCCAACAACACUGCCAUUCCUGGCCUGUAUGCUGCUGGUGAGGUUGCCGGCGGCGUCCACGGCAACAACCGCCUGGGUGGCAACUCGUUGUUGGACUGCGUGGUCUUUGGCCGUGUGGCCGGCACGGCGGCUGCCAAGUACAUGCUGGGCUCUGACAUGAAGGAUGUGGAUCUUAAGCAGAUCACGGGCGGUGGCUUGACGGGUGCAGUGGAGAGCUCCAAGUUGGCGGGAGGCUCCUACGAGGACAAGAUGAACAAUGCUGCUGCUGCAGGAGGGGCAGCAGCUGCCGGUGGCGGCGGCGGUGGUGGCGGCUACAGCAUGGAGGAAGUUGCCAAGCACACCACCAAGAGCGAUUGCUGGGUCGUCGUUUCAGGCCAAGUGCUCGAUGUGACCAGCUUCUUGGGAGACCAUCCGGGCGGCGAGCUCGCUAUUCUGACUUUCGCAGGCAAGGAUGCCACGGAGGAGUUCAACAUGAUCCAUCCUCCUGAUGUGAUUGGCAAGUAUGCUCCGGACUCCGUGAUUGGCACGAUUGGUGGCGGCGGCGGUGGGGGAGCAGUGGCUGGAGGAGGAGGUGGGGGUGCUGUUGCCGGUGGCAUUCCUAUGGAGGAGGUGGCCAAGCACAGCAGCAAAACGGAUUGCUGGGUCGUCGUUUCAGGCCAAGUGCUCGAUGUGACCAGCUUCUUGGGGGACCAUCCGGGCGGCGAGCUCGCUAUUCUCACUUUCGCAGGCAAGGAUGCCACAGAGGAGUUCAACAUGAUUCACCCUCCUGACGUCAUUGGCAAGUAUGCACCGGACUCCGUGAUUGGCGUUGUCGGCAGCGGAGCGCCUGCUGGUGGGGCUGUGGCCGCCAAGGCAGGCGGUGGUGCUCCUUCCAGGAAAGACAAGGGCGGCAAGCUGGCGAACCAUCACGCCUGGGGCCACCUAGAUGGCGACCUUCAGCCCAACUGGCGAGUAGACCUGGAGGACAACCCAGGUGCGCUGCUUAUCAACGUGAAGUCCUACUUCAAUGCCACCUGGUUCCUGCUCCUCUCUGUGCUGUAUGAAGUGUGCGCCACGAUUUUCACGGCCAAGAACAUCAAAAUCUCCAAUGACCGGCUGGGACUGACCCGCAGCGCCAUUUUGCUGAUCCUCUUCAUCGUGAUCCACGCUGUGGGCAACCUUCACGUUUUCAAGGGCCCAGAUGAUUUCAACGGCUACGGCUACUUCUACGUGCGCUUGUACUGGACGGGCUUUGGUCUUCCUGCCAACAUCGUUGAGGAGUACAUCCUCUUGUCUGUCUUGCUGCACGUGUUCGUGGGCCUGAAGCGAACCUGGGACAUGAAGCUGGCCCUGGUGAAUUCGCAGGGCAUCAACGUGCUGAACUUGGCGAUCUCUGGUCUGAUGCUCCUGACCUUCAUGACGAUCCACCUCUUCCAGUUCCGAUUUGGUGACACUGAUCAGUUUGGCCCUUACUACGUCCGACCGCCUCCUUACCUCAUCAACUUCUGGGGCAUCCUGUCGCUGAAUCUGUUCUGGACUCAAGACACCAGCAUUGAGCCAGUCGGUGUCAGAGACAUCUACGCUUUGGAAUUCCAGAUCUUCAAGAAUCCUUUGUGGUCCUUGUUCUACAUCUUCUCCGUAGGCGUCUUCAUGGUCCAUGCCUGCCUGGGCUGGAAGAAGGUGACCCCGGUGCUGGGUAUCCCCCGAGGACACAUCCAGAAGGUGGAGAUGAUUGGCUACGCCAUCAUGAUCGUCAUGGGCCUUGUCUACAUCUCCUUCCCUCUUUAUGUCAUGGCCACAAAGCCCUUCAGCGGACAGGCGCGUAGCCUGCGUCAGCUUUGCCCGCCUUCGCGAGGCACGCUGCCGAUCUUAAGGCAGGACUCCGCCGAAGCCGGAAACAGUGCCUCGGCAGGUUUUGUUGCCAUGGCGUCUUCCUUCCCAACCAACCAAGCCAUCGUCGUGGGCGGUGGAUUGGGAGGCAUGUCUGCGGCAAAUUCGGUGGUGGAGAAUGGUGGCCGGGUGGUGCUGCUGGACAAGUCCUCUUUCUGCGGCGGAAACAGCACAAAGGCCACCUCCGGCAUCAACGGGGCAGGCACCAAGACCCAGAAGGCCAAGGGCAUUCCCGACAACGCGGACAUCUUCACGCAGGAUACGCUGAAGGGAGGCGCCAAGAAGCCAGAACUGGCCAAGCUCUUGUGCGUGAACAGCGCCGCUGAUGUGGACUGGCUGGUGGAGAAGUUCAACUUGGAUCUGUCUCUGGUGGCACGCUUGGGUGGCCACUCGCAGCCCCGCACCCACAGAGGUAAGGAGCGAUUCCCUGGCAUGACCAUCACCUACGCCCUGAUCCAGAUGUUGGAGAAGGUGGCGGAGAAGACAGACCUGGCGCGCAUCAUCACCAAGGCCAAGGUCUUCAAGCUGAUCCAGGAGGGCAAGGUCUGCGUGGGCUGCGUCUACGAGAAGGGCGGCCAGAACUUCCAGGAGUUCGGGCCCGUGAUCCUGGCCUCCGGCGGUUUCGGCGCGGACUUCACCAGCAACUCCCUGCUGGCGCAGUACAGGCCGGACUUGCUGCACUUGCCCACCACCAACGGUGAGCACUGCACCGGCGACGGCAUCAAGAUGGGCGAGGCCAUUGGUGCGAAGAGCAUCGACUUGGAGUGGGUCCAGGUGCACCCCACUGGCCUUGUCAAGCCGGACGAUGCAGAUGCCAAGAUCAAGUUCCUGGCUGCCGAGGCUCUUCGUGGAGUGGGCGGCAUCAUCCUCAACGCUGACGGCAAGCGCUUUUGCAACGAGCUGGGCCGUCGCGACUAUGUCACAGGCGAGAUGUGGAAGAGCAAGCCCCCUUUCAGGCUGUGCCUGAACAAGGCUGCGUCCGACGAGAUCAUCUGGCACUGCAAGCACUACACGGGCCGAGGGGUGAUGAAGUCCUAUUCCAGCGGUGAGGAUCUCGCCAAAGACAUGGGCGUGGCUCUCUCGGUGAUCGAGCAGACGCACGAGGAGCACUACGCGGCAGCGAAGAAGACGGAGACGCAGCCGGAUGCAGGCCCCUGGCCUGCCUACCCGUCUGGUAAGUCCUGGGAUGAGGCCAGCGGAAAGACUGGCAGUGGCAAGAAGUUCUACCACAACAUCAUCCCUGGCUCAGCUGUGAAGAGCGAGCCUUUCUAUGUGGCCAUCAUUACGCCCGUGAUUCACUACUGCAUGGGCGGUCUGCUCAUCGACACUGACUCUGCGUGCGUUGGCCCGAACAACACCGCCAUUCCUGGCCUGUAUGCUGCUGGUGAGGUUGCAGGCGGCGUCCACGGCAACAACCGCCUGGGUGGCAACUCGUUGUUGGACUGCGUGGUCUUUGGCCGUGUGGCCGGCACGGCGGCUGCCAAGUACAUGCUGGGCUCUGACAUGAAGGAUGUGGAUCUUAAGCAGAUCACGGGCGGUGGCUUGACGGGUGCAGUGGAGAGCUCCAAGUUGGCGGGAGGCUCCUACGAGGACAAGAUGAACAAUGCUGCUGCUGCAGGAGGGGCGGCAGCUGCCGGUGGCGGCGGCGGCGGUGGUGGUGGCGGCUACAGCAUGGAGGAAGUUGCCAAGCACACCACCAAGAGCGAUUGCUGGGUCGUCGUUUCAGGCCAAGUGCUCGAUGUGACCAGCUUCUUGGGAGACCAUCCGGGCGGCGAGCUCGCUAUUCUGACUUUCGCAGGCAAGGAUGCCACGGAGGAGUUCAACAUGAUCCAUCCUCCUGAUGUGAUUGGCAAGUAUGCUCCGGACUCCGUGAUUGGCACGAUUGGUGGCGGCGGCGGUGGGGGAGCAGUGGCUGGAGGAGGAGGUGGGGGUGCUGUUGCCGGUGGCAUUCCUAUGGAGGAGGUGGCCAAGCACAGCAGCAAAACGGAUUGCUGGGUCGUCGUUUCAGGCCAAGUGCUCGAUGUGACCAGCUUCUUGGGAGACCAUCCGGGCGGCGAGCUGGCAAUCCUCACUUUCGCGGGCAAGGAUGCCACAGAGGAGUUCAACAUGAUUCACCCUCCUGACGUCAUUGGCAAGUAUGCACCGGACUCCGUGAUUGGCGUUGUCGGCAGCGGAGCGCCUGCUGGUGGGGCUGUGGCCGCCAAGGCAGGCGGUGGUGCUCCUUCCAGGAAGGACAAGGGCGGCAAGCUGGCGAACCAUCACGCCUGGGGCCACCUAGAUGGCGACCUUCAGCCCAACUGGCGAGUAGACCUGGAGGACAACCCAGGUGCGCUGCUUAUCAACGUGAAGUCCUACUUCAAUGCCACCUGGUUCCUGCUCCUCUCUGUGCUGUACGAAGUGUGCGCCACGAUUUUCACGGCCAAGAACAUCAAGAUCUCCAAUGAUCGGCUGGGACUGACCCGCAGCGCCAUCUUGCUGAUCCUCUUCAUCGUGAUCCACGCUGUGGGCAACCUUCACGUCUUCAAGGGCCCAGAUGACUUCAACGGCUAUGGCUACUUCUACGUGCGCUUGUACUGGACGGGCUUUGGUCUUCCUGCCAACAUCGUUGAGGAGUACAUCCUCUUGUCUGUCUUGCUGCACGUGUUCGUGGGCCUGAAGCGAACCUGGGACAUGAAGCUGGCCCUGGUGAAUUCGCAGGGCAUCAACGUGCUGAACUUGGCGAUCUCUGGUCUGAUGCUCCUGACCUUCAUGACGAUCCACCUCUUCCAGUUCCGAUUUGGUGACACUGAUCAGUUUGGCCCUUACUACGUCCGACCGCCUCCUUACCUCAUCAACUUCUGGGGCAUCCUGUCGCUGAAUCUGUUCUGGACUCAAGACACCAGCAUUGAGCCAGUCGGUGUCAGAGACAUCUACGCUUUGGAAUUCCAGAUCUUCAAGAAUCCUUUGUGGUCCUUGUUCUACAUCUUCUCCGUAGGCGUCUUCAUGGUCCAUGCCUGCCUGGGAUGGAAGAAGGUGACCCCGGUGCUGGGUAUCCCCCGAGGACACAUCCAGAAGGUAGAGAUGAUUGGCUACGCCAUCAUGAUCGUCAUGGGCCUUGUCUACAUCUCCUUCCCUCUUUAUGUCAUGGCCACCAAGCCAUUCAGCGGCUACGAAGACAGCAUUCAGAUUCCGGGAAGAGUUGAGUAG